CUCCUCGGGAACAAGGCUGCCCUCUCUUGCAGAGCACCCUCGCAUCCCACUCCAAGAUGUCCUGCUACGACCUGUGCCCACCCAGGACCACCGCUGACCUGUGCCCACCCAGGACCAGCGUGGCUGUGCCCCAGCCCAUUGCUGAGAGCUGCAACGAGCUGUGCGCCCGCCAGUGCCCCGACUCGUCUGCCUUCAUCCAGCCCCCGCCCGUGGUGGUCACCUUCCCCGGCCCCAUCCUCAGCUCCUUCCCCCAGCAGGCCGUGGUGGGCUCCUCCGGAGCACCGGCCUUUGGCGGCUCCCUGGGGCUGGGCGGCCUCUAUGGCACCGGCGCCACCCAGGCCUCGGGGGGCCUCUGCACCUUUGGCAGAGCCUACGCUGCUCCCGCCUGCAGCCCUUGCGCCCUGCCCCGCUACAGCAAGAAGCUCUGGGACACCUGCGGGCCCUGCUAGGUCCAACACCCCAGCAGCCCCUAGACUGCCUCAGCCUCGCUCCUCCUCCUUGUGCACGUCACCUGCCCCUCUCCCCCUCCUUGCUCCUGACUGUGCCCACAUUCCCAAUUCCUGCAUGAUCCCUCCGGGCUCUUGCUCCUCUUGCCAGCAGCCCCUGCCGCAGCCCAGCCUGGAAGACCAGCUCCCAGGAAGCGUGUGGAGAGAUCCACCCUGUGUCUAGUGUGUCUAUCUCCCAUCUGUUCUUUGCUCUACUUGAAAUAAAACAAUCCUGC